AUGUCCACCCCCUUCGAGAAAGCCCUCGCCGCAGUCGACGCCGCCCACUCCCUCGACCCCAACCUCACCACCAUAAACGGCACCCCCGUCCCCUACGAACUCUACUACGCGCAAAAAUGCACUAGCUACCUCGAAAAGCGCGCCUUCAACGCCUCCGAACCCCUCCGCCUCGCCAUCCGCGCCCAACAUUUCCGCCGCUGGGAAGUCCCCCGCGACUCCUACCCCAUGACACGUGUGGGCUACCACGCCUGGCGCACCUUCCUCAAGAAGCGUCAGGCCUCUCUCGCAGCCGCUAUCUGCAUCGAGGCCGGCAUGAGCGCCGCGGACGCGGAGAGGGUGGCCGCGCUGAUCCGGAAGGAGGAUCUGAAGGCCGAUGAGGAAACACAGGUGCUGGAGGAUGUGGCGUGUCUGGUGUUUUUGGACGACCAGUUCGCGGCGUUUGAGCGGGAGCACGACGAGGAUAAGAUUGUGGGAAUUUUGAGGAAGACGUGGGGGAAGAUGUCAGAGGCGGGGAGGGAGUUGGCACUGGGAAUGGAGAUGGAGGGGAGACCGAGGGAGUUGAUUGAGAAGGCUUUGGGUGGGUAA